CGCGCUUCCACGCGAAGCCGCUUCUCCUUUAAGAGGCUGGCGCUCGGCCGGCUCUGCCCGAGGCCGUCCCAAGUCCCCCCGGCCCAGGGCGUGUCUGUCCCCGGGGUGGCACCGGCCGCAGGGAGGGAGCGGAGCUGGCGGUGCUGGUCUUGCGCGGAGCCCGGCCAGGAGCGCGCGGGUCCGGGGAAGCGGAGAGGGAGCGAGGUCGCCCAAGGCCUACCCGGCGCCGGCUCAGGGAGGACCCCCUUGGCGUCUCCAUCUUUGCGCCGCGCCUUGGCCGCGGAAGAUGCGCAUCCUCCUCCUUGCAGCUGCUGGUGGCGGCGGCGGCGGUGGCGGCGCUAGUGUCCGGGGAGCGCGGUGAUUAGCCAGAUGGGGACCGGCCUGCCCGGCUGACGGAGCGGGGGGAAAGGAGGAGGAGGAGGAAGAAGAGGAGGAGGAGGAGCGGGCGCUUUUGUUGCCGCUGCAGCCGCUGGAUCGUCGGCUGCGAGGAGAGGCUGCGCGGCCGGCUGGAGACGCCGGGCGGAGGGACUAGCUGGACGUUACCUCAAGCUAGACACCGUCAUGGCAUGCCUCCACGAGACCCGCACACCUUCUCCAUCCUUUGGCAGUUUCAACACUAUCUUGACGGAGAGCUCCCUCCGCAAGCUGGACCCCGACGCCUCGGACUGCACCCCUGAGAAGGACCUGACGCCCACCCAGUGCGUGCUGAGGGAUGUGCUGCCCAUCGACGGGGGCGGAGGCGGGGGCAGCGGGCACAGCCCCAGUCCCAGCGAGGAGGCGCACGACCAGUUUGCCAACAGUGUCCUGCAGCUCCACGAGAAUGAAGCUGGCGGGGGAGGCGGGGCCGGCGCAGGGGCCGGGGCCGGGAACCCCGAGGUGCGGCCUACCCGUUACCAUGCCGACCAAGUGCGGAUCCACUGCCACGCGGGGAGUGGCUUCCUGGAGGGCCUGUUUGGUUGCCUCAAGCCCGUCUGGACCAUGAUUGGCAAGGCAUAUUCCACUGAACACAAACAACAACAGGAAGACCCCUGGGAAGUGCCCUUUGAAGAAAUCAUGGACCUGCAGUGGGUGGGCAGUGGGGCCCAAGGCGCUGUGUUCCUAGGACGCUUCCAUGGGGAGGAGGUGGCCGUCAAGAAGGUGCGAGACCUCAAGGAGACGGACAUCAAGCACCUGCGGAAACUGAAGCACCCCAACAUCAUCACCUUCAAGGGUGUUUGCACCCAGGCCCCCUGCUACUGCAUCAUCAUGGAGUUCUGUGCCCAGGGGCAGCUGUACGAAGUGCUGCGUGCCGGGCGCAAGGUCACCCCCUCGCUGCUGGUCGACUGGUCCAUGGGCAUCGCCGGCGGCAUGAAUUAUCUGCACCUGCAUAAGAUCAUCCACCGUGACCUCAAGUCACCCAACAUGUUGAUCACUUACGAUGAUGUGGUGAAGAUCUCUGACUUUGGCACCUCCAAGGAGCUCAGUGACAAGAGCACCAAGAUGUCCUUCGCCGGAACAGUGGCCUGGAUGGCCCCAGAAGUCAUUCGAAAUGAGCCUGUCUCUGAGAAGGUUGACAUCUGGUCUUUUGGAGUCGUCCUCUGGGAGUUGCUGACGGGAGAGAUCCCUUACAAGGAUGUGGACUCCUCAGCCAUCAUCUGGGGGGUGGGCAGCAACAGCCUCCACCUUCCUGUGCCCACCAGCUGCCCUGACGGUUUCAAGAUCCUGCUAAGACAGUGCUGGAACAGCAAACCUCGGAACCGGCCCUCCUUCCGCCAGAUCCUGCUCCAUCUUGACAUUGCGUCCGCCGAUGUGCUGUCUACACCUCAAGAGACCUACUUCAAAUCCCAGGCUGAAUGGAGGGAGGAAGUGAAGUUGCAUUUUGAAAAGAUCAAGUCAGAGGGGACAUGUUUGCACCGCUUGGAGGAGGAGCUGAUCCACCGGCGGCGAGAAGAGCUCAGGCACGCUUUGGACAUCCGGGAGCAUUACGAGCGCAAGCUGGAGCGAGCCAACAACCUGUACAUGGAGCUCAACUCCCUCAUGUUGCAGCUGGAGCUGAAGGAGAAGGAGCUACUCCGGCGGGAGCAAGCCCUGGAGAAGAAAUACCCUGGGCUCUUUAAGCACCAUCCUUCACGCAGCCUCCUGCAUGGCAACACCGUGGAAAAGCUGAUCAAGAAGAGGAAUGUGCCUCAGAAACUCUCUCCGCACAGCAAGAGGCCUGACAUUCUGAAGACGGAGGUGAUCAUGGACCCCACCCUGCCCCAGCUCGCCAUCCCCGUGUGCCAGAAAGGGCCCCCAUCCCCCGGGCGCAGCCGCCGGGCAAAGUCGCGCUACCGCAAGGUCAGCACCCGAGGCAGCUGUGGGGAGCUGGCCGAUCCCGGGGGAGCCAAGCGCCUAGAGCCCUGCGCGGCCCUCAGGGGGCUCCAGCACGACCUCCUGCUGCGCAAGAUGUCGUCUUCCAGCCCCGACCUCAUCUCCACCACCCUGGGAGCCGAAGGCCGCAAGGGGGCGGCCGGCCCCGAAUCCCCGCCAGCCGAGCAGCCCCGCAGCGAGACACCCAGCGAAGACGCGGCCUCCGUCCCCUGCUCCAGCAGCCCCGAGUCACCCUCUUCGCGACAAGGCGCUGUGGGCCCACCAGGGAAGGCCGGGCUGCAGCCAAGAGAGGAAGCCGAGCGGGAGCAGGGCAGGGGCAGCCGAGCAGCGGCUGCACCGCAAUCCCAGCACCUCACGCCAGCGGCCAUGUUGUAUCGGGCAGCCGUCACCCGGAGCCAGAAGCGUGGGGUCUCCUCGGAGGAGGAAGAAGGCGAGGUAGACAGCGAAGUCGAGCUCCCUCUCCGGCAAAGGUGGCCUCAGGCGAUGAGCAAGCGGCAGUCGCUUUCCACUUUCAGCUCCGAGAACUUCUCCGAUGGGGAUGGCGAGGAGGGCACUGCCAGCGAGGGCACCACAGCAUCCCACAGCGGCGGCACGCCGGAUGUGGCCAGCACCAACACAGACGAACGCCUGGAUGCCGAGCGCUCGGACGACGACAUCCUGGGGCACUCGGACGGGCUGUCCGAAAAGGAGGCGGCCAUCCAGCUUGUCAAACGCCAGCUCAGUGCAGAACAGAACCCUGGAGAGGACGCUGCUGCCUACGAGGAUUCGGACUGCGACAGUGCCGAACUGGACCAUUCAGGCAGCGGGGAGACGCAGAGACUUCAGGACAUGCCCAGUUUGUGAUUGCACCCGUCUGGCCUUUCCUUCCCCAGGUUGUACAGACCCCCCGGGCCCUUCCUCUGCCUCCCUGCACCACGACCACCUCCCCAGAUAUUUAUAUAAAUAAUCUAUAAAAGCUCUAUAUAAAUCUAUAUUAUCUCAUAAUCUCUGGAAGGAGAGCCAGUGCGCCUCAUCCAUACUCUCCCGUCCCUGACUUCCUUCGGACUGGUUGUGGGGUCGAGGGCCGCUUCCCCGCCACCGGGGCUUGCAGUUUUCACUUGGGGCAGCUGGAGACGUGAAACAAACGGGACACGCAAACUCUGCAUCCGUCAGCCCCGCAACUAAGCAGGGGAGGAUUUCGAUACACGCAGAAAGCAGUCGAUCCCUUCUGUUCUGCUGCCUCAAGAGUCCCGGACAUUGUGGGCCCCAGCAAAGGACCAACAAGCUCUAACCAAGCCCAGGGAGUCAGCGAUGGGCCCGUGGAUCGGAGAGAGAAGACCCAGGCUGGGGAAUGGUGCCUUCGUCUACCAAAGGAAGCGGCAAGGAGCUCUCGGCGCACUGGCAAGGCUCAAACAUCUUAGCUGGACCAGGCACAUCCCAGGUGCCAGACUGUUUCUGAUCUGGACUCAAUGCAUGUUUGGGCCGCAGUCAGCACGGAAACCUCCCCCUACCCAGAGCUUGGGAAUAAGUUGUUUUCCUUCCCCUUGCCCCCAAUAUAGCCCUCCCCAAAAGUAACAACCAAAGCCUGAGCGCAACAAGCCCUCUUCUCUUCCAACAGUCCUCCCUCCCUCCCUCCCAUACUGUAUAUAUGUGUACACA